UGCUAAAUUGGUCAGGCAUGCGACAGCUCAUUCGUAAGUGAACUGUUUGGUGUGCUGCCACGUCGUUUGCGGAUUGCGCGCAAUUUGUGUAUAACAAACAUAGAUAAUAUUCAGUGCAGUAAGAUAAAAAAGAAAAUAUAUGUGAAAGCAAAACACAAACGAUGUAUGAUAAGAAAGAAAAGCUGUAAAGUUAAGCGGAUGAUACAGCACGCCAGUGGAAAGUGAGUGACAGUAUUCAUAGCGCUCAUUGUCGUCCGCCCCGUGAGUCUUGUGUCGAGCGCGGGUAAUUUGAGAACGUACACAGAAGUCCCAAUUGAACGUCAGUCGAGCAAACAAUUAGAAAAUUAUCCCAACAACCGACAAACUAACUGGCUGUAAUACAAAUGUGCCGAUUGCUUUCGUGCGACGUUGAGCAGCAGCCCAAAUGACAGUUAAAGUUAAAUAAAACCAAAAAAAAAAAACAAAACAAAACAAAAACCACUUCAACUGAUUAAAGUAUGAGAAGUGCCAUUAAAAAGCACUUUGACGGAAUAUUAAAAACAAAUCACAAGUGGCGAAAUAAAUUUAAUUAAACAUAACUAAUACGCAUACUUCCAUAUAAUAAUGACAGUGUCAAUGUAAGAAAAACGCCACAUUCAUUCAUAUAUAACACGAAAAUGACUACAACAAAACCAAAAAACAAAGCACAACAAUAAAAUUGAAAUAUUAAGAGCAAUCAAGUAGUGGCCAAGAGACAGUGAUCAUUAAAAGCAACAAUAACAAACCAAAAAUACAAAAAAAAAACAAAAAAAUACACCGCCAAAGUGACAACAUAGGAAAGAAAACAACAACUAGCAACAACAACAAUAACACAACAGGGACGAACACAUCCAGCGCCUAGCCUAACCGCAACCUAGCCACGUUCGCGGUGAAGGUGACGGUGACAACUACAAACAACAGUUUAUCAACAACACUAUACUACAACAAGAACAAGAACAAAUCACAUAAAUAACAAAAAACGACAACAAGAAGCCAAAGAUUUCUAGCGUUGGUGUUGUUGAUGGCGGAUGGACUGCGAUGGCGGUGAGGGCGCGUCGGCACGACUGGCAGCGCUGGUGACGUGUGACACAACGACCAGGCCGACGGCCGACGGUGGACGGUCGACAGACCACUUUCCACCAUGCUGCCUGCAGUACAGUUCGGGGCGUAGAAAGCGAACCGCGCGUUCCAUCUGCGAACAUUUCUUCUGCGGCAGCUCGUCGGCGGCAAUCGAACGGCCCAAGUGAUAACAGCAAAUUAUUGUAUUAAAAAAAAAAAAACAAAUAAUACCAUUUCAGAGAAUAUAUUGAAGUGGAAUUCUAGUAAAUUGCAAAUUAAUUGAAACGGAAAAGCCCGCAACGAGUUCAGUGCAAGGCGAAUUAAUAAAAAUUAAGUAAAAUUAAAUUAAAUGAAGGAAAUGAAUGUGGUCUGCUCAUAGAAAGUGAAUAAAGUGCAAUAGAUAUCUGAAAGCAAAAAUAAGUCGAAACAUUUGUGCGAAAAGGUUGAAACAACAUGUCUACCAAUACUCCAACAAUGCUUCCAUUAACUGUAACAACAACAACACCCAACCAAACCGCAAUCAGUCAAACAGUGCAAAGAACUAAAAACGCAUUCGCAACGCGUCGAAAAAGACGAAAUUUGUGCAGUGAACUUGAACAGUGCAACAGAAAGCGUGUGGUGUCUAAUGCCACAACAGCAACAACAACAAGAACAACACGAAUUGCAACGAGCAAAUUGGCAAAUUAUGCCGACUUCCCAACGCCAACGACUGCGCUACCAACAACGAUGGCGGCAAUGGCAGCAAUGACAACAAGAACAACCACAACAACAAUACCUGCAACGACAAUGCGUGCGGUAGUGACGCAACUUGCCACAAGGACCGCAGUGUCGCGCACAGCAACCACAACACCACCGCCGCCGCGAUUAUCCACUGCCCCGGCGGCAACAACACCAGCAACACCAUCAGCAGCAGCGGCAACUGGUGCAGCCACCAUGCACCCACGAAGACAUCACUGUCAGCGGCGCGCAACUAUAGCAACAACACCAACAACUGCUGAGGCCCACAACAUAACAACAGCGUUGCCGCGUGCACGCGCCGCCAGCCUCGGCUUCAACCUGAGCACGGCCUUCGCGACCGCUCUCUUCCACACCAGCGUUGCAGUUGCAGCCGCUGCCUCGACACAGACUCAAACGCAACUCAGCGCCGCUGCCAAGCACCAGACGCCCCAGGCACAGGCCGUGCUGGAUAGCGGCAUGCUCUCACAACUGGACUCCAAUGCCACUUCCACGUUGCUGGGCUCAGCAGGCGCCACCAUGACGCCGAGCAAUUUCACGCUGCUGGACGACGCUGGCGCCGAUGGUGUUGAGGGCAUCAACGAUGUCACGAAUAGCAGCGAAUGGUUCGAUGUUGUGUACUUGGUGUUCAAGGCGUCGCUAAUGCUCUUCAUCAUAAUUGCGGCCAUUUUCGGAAACCUUCUUGUCAUUAUUUCUGUGAUGCGAGUUAGAAAAUUAAGAAUUAUAACGAAUUACUUCGUGGUGUCGCUGGCUAUGGCCGACAUAAUGGUGGCUAUGAUGGCUAUGACGUUUAACUUCAGCGUUCAAGUAACUGGGCGUUGGAAUUUUGGAAUAUUUGUCUGCGAUCUGUGGAACAGCUUGGACGUGUACUUCUCAACCGCUAGCAUUUUGCAUCUGUGUUGCAUAUCGGUGGACAGAUAUUAUGCGAUUGUAAAGCCGCUCAAGUACCCGAUCAAUAUGACGAAACGCGUUGUGACCAUCAUGCUGAUAAACACGUGGGUCUCGCCGGCUCUGCUCUCCUUCCUACCCAUAUUCAUCGGUUGGUACACGACCGAAGAGCACAAGAUCUACGUGAAACGACAUCCCGAUCGCUGUGAGUUCAUCGUCAAUAAGCCGUACUGCGUCAUCUCGAGCUCGAUCUCCUUCUGGAUUCCAUGCACGAUCAUGAUUUUCACGUACUUGGCGAUAUUCCGCGAGGCCAACCGUCAGGAGAAGCAAAUGAUGGCGCGGCAAGGCAACGCGAUGUUGAUGCACCGGCACUCAGAGGAUGCCCGCGCCAGCGUGGGAGUAAGCAACAACACAGGUGAGGCGCUCAGCGGCUCCGGCUCGUCGAAAACUUUGACGCUGCACGAAGUGGAACAGGACCACACACCGACAAAGGACAAACAUUUAAUCAAAAUGAAACGAGAACACAAGGCUGCGAGAACUUUGGGCAUCAUUAUGGGCACGUUCAUCGUCUGUUGGCUGCCAUUCUUCCUUUGGUACACCAUCACCAGUCUAUGCGACUUAACCGCGCCGGACAUUGUGGUCGCCAUACUGUUCUGGAUCGGCUACUUCAACUCAACGCUCAACCCACUCAUAUACGCUUACUUCAACCGCGAGUUUCGAGAGGCGUUCCGCAACACCCUACAAUGCCUCUUCUGCAACUGGUGGCGGGAUCGCGGUCUGCCGCUCGACAUCGACAUACGACGCUCCAGCCUGCGCUAUGACACACGCGCCAAAAGCGUCUACUCCGAGAACUACUUGAGCGCCAGCCAGCCACCCAGGCGUACCAGUCAACUGGUCGACAGCUUAUAAUACAGCCGGGAUGACUCGCUGUUGUCGGUGACGCGCACACCGCCGCAGCGAUCCACGUCAAUGCAACUGCUGCCAACCCAACAGUCCGUGCAGAUGACUGACUCGACGCCAGUACGCGCUGCCGGCAGUGGCAUGCAUCAGUUGGCGCCACUCCCACUGCCGUCGUAUGUCGGCAAGCGUUUGCUCGAGAUCAAACCUGGCGCUGGGCACGAUUUGAAUGGCGGCGAUAUGCAGGCCAGGGCUGGCGCAGACAGCAGUGUUGGCGACGAUGAUGAACCGCAACAGAUACAGAUCGAAAUACCGUUGGCCUAUGUCAAGAAGUGGAACAAAAGCAAUAAAAUGACAACGGCAGCAACAACUGCAACAACUACAACAGCGACAACAGUAACCGCGGCCACGGUCAACAGCACAAGCACAGCGCUGACUACAAUAACAACAACAGUAACAACACCCAAAGGCACUGAAAUACACGAACACACACACGUUUAGGGCAAACUCUAGCACCCACCGACCACUAACUGAAUUGUUCAAGGAAUCCGUGCAGUAAUCGAAUAGAACAAGUUCUGCGAUAACUUCGUAUGUAUGUAUGCAUCAAAAGAACGCCGUAGGUGUAAAAAAAGAAAUAUAGAAUUCGUGCUCAAGCAUCCUCCAUUUUAUUUGCCAAAAGUUAUAGUUCUUACUAUUCAGCUCUUCGAAGGAGGCUGGGUAUAUAAUACGGAUCGAUUAGACGUGCGCCUAUCGUUCUCUGAAGUAGUUCAUGGCCCUCCAGCCCUUGAAUGAAGUGAAUAUCUUUAAGUUCCCAGCGGGAUAUGGUAGACAUUGGUAAGCGAGCGAGGUAAACGAUACAUCAUGAUUGUAUCGCUUUCUCCGAUCGAUGAAAAUUAACACGGCGAUGUCCUAGGAAUAGUACAAGAUCACCCUUUUCUCUUACCAUAGGGACGAAGAAUUCUUCGAUGCCAAGGUUAAUAAUAGAGUAGAAGAAAUUGCAUAUUAAUUUUGCCUUAUUUAUGAAAGUGCGUGUAUGUAUUUCGUUAUGAAAAUAAGUAUUUAUGUAUAAAAAGGAAUAGUUUACUUUAAAUUUUGUGGCUGAGUCUCUUCUCGUUUUUUCCAAGCAACGAGACUUAAAGAAACGGCCUUUGACAAGCCUGAUCAUGACUUUCCGCGAAAAGUUUAAACACAAAAAUAAGCAACAUUUUUGAUUAAAAUAGCAGCUCACCUAAACACAACCAACUUUCUGCAAAUUUUCUUCAAAUGCUUGACGAUUUGACGAAAUAAUGAAAAUAUUUUCUUAUAAAUUCUAUUGCAUCAACUUGUAUUUGUUGUUUUGUAACGUUUUUCAUGUACUUACUUGAUUGUAAAUAUGAACGCAGUAGAAUUUAGCCACAAAGGUCACUUUUAUGCAUUACCUGGUAUCGAAGAAUUCUACAUAGAAUUUUCUUCGAAGCAUUCUUCAAAGAAAAAUGUAAGCGGUGAACCAUUAUCCCGCUGAGUUAUAUUUUAAUUCUGAAAUAACAAACCAAAAAUAAUUUUAAAAAAUUAACAAAAAUCGAUAACCAUUAAAUGAUAUUUUAAAGUAGGAAUUUCUUCGUGUUUCGGCUUUAAGCCCGCCGGCUUUAUCGGAAUUAAAGCACAUUUGGAUCGAAUUACUUUUUCAUAGAAUAGUCGGUAUAUUCAUAUGCUUCGGCAAGUAACAUUAAAUCAUUAAGCGCAAUAAUCAGUAAUGCAAUUUACAAUGCUUUUUCCAGUUGCACAUUAAUCCGCAAGAGCGUCCGUUGAGCUUCCCUCUGCCGCCGUGCAACAUAUGCCAAUAUCAUAGAUAUGCGUUUUUUGCCUCCGAUGCCCAAUUAAUUAGUAAAUGUGCACCUGAAUUAGCAUCAGGCGCGGCAUCUGUGGCAGCAGCUGGCGCUUGCAUCGGCAAAUUUUAAUCAGACAAAAGCUUUUUUGCGGAAAUCAAUCGUCAAACAUCGUCGCAUGCAAAAAAAGGCCGAACACCGUGCACAAACCCGUUAUCGCGCGCACUUUCCGAUAGAAUUUAUAUUUUAUUCAAUAAGCACUGCACUGGCAAACAAAAACCAUUAUGCAAUCACUUGCAAUUAAGCGACGCACAAAAGUGCGUGAAAUUAAUUCUCACCUUCUCCCAAAAGACUUUCGAUCAUUCGCCCUUGUUGAUUUAAACGCUUUCCAAUUGUGUUUAAAGCUAAAAAGCAGCAGCAAAUUUGCUCGUGGCAAACAUUUUUAAAUAUUAUUAUUAUUGAACAACACCGAAAAAAGCCGAAACGGACAAAAACAAUGGAGCAUUUCGCAAAUAAACGAUUUUAUUUUAAUGAGAAAAUUACUUACACACCUGUUCGCCAACACAAUAUAUUCAUACAUUAUUCCUACAUACACACAUAUAGUAUAGAUGUAGAUGUGGAUGCAUACAUACAUACGCAAUAUCCAUGUUUAAGUGAACUGCAAACAAUGUUAAUUAGCUAAUUAAAAAAGAAUGUGAACUAAGAGGAAAUGUAAAUUACAUUGAGGAGGGUUCGCGCAGUGGCCAGUCCGGAUGCGUGCGUGUGUGUGCUGGUGUGCGUUAUUUAACAUUUAAUCAAAAUGUAGCACGUUAACUAUGUGAAAACAUUUAAAUAUUUGAUGAAUAUGCCAAAUGCCAAAUCAAAAUUACUUCAUUGAAUUAAUAUUAUAAAAUGUUUAUAGUUCAUGACUGCUAGGAAUAAGACUUUUUCACUGCGAAUAUAAUGAUUUGUGAGCAAUAAAAACCCGAAAUAAAUCAGCAAACUUUAAACAUUUUUAAAGCCAAUUCGACUCGCUCAACUCUCAUAUUUUUGAUAACAUCAUUUCAUAAUUUUAUUUAUUAAUUUUCGUAGUUUUUCUCUAGUGAUAAUCUUGAUAGUCAUCCAUGCGGUUUCCCAUAAUCUUUCGCUUAUUUUUGAUUUGUGCUCAAGUUUUUAAACAAAUGGUCUUAAUGGGCGGAAGUUGACAUACAACUAAAGAAAAAAUCUAAGCUUCCACAGCUGCUCUAAUACUCAGUUUCUGUAAAUUAAUUUUCGACAAAUACAUACGAUGUGAACAUCGAGCGAAAACGGACAUCGUUAAAGAAGCGAACUUUUCGUUAUUCUUUAUGGGAAAAAGAGGAGUUCUUUACUUUAGCUAUGGGUUCGUACAAGUUCCAUUGCACCGAAAUUACUGAAUUUUUUUCGGAAAACAUAUAAUUUUAUAUUUUAUUUAAAAAGCUCAUUAAAAGCUUUCAACUUGUAUCAAUUCAUAUUGAGGAGCUUCAUACAUUUCUCAAAUACAAAAUAGAUAUAAAAUUGACAACAACAGCAAUAAAAAUUAGCGUAUAGAAGCGCAAGUGACGCAGUCAAAUGCUUAGGAGACUUAUAUUAUUUAGCAUUAAUCACUAUACAACUACAAAAUACAAAAACAAACCAAAAAUUAAAAGAAAAAGAAAAAGAAAAAGAAGCAUAAAUAUCCAACAUAUACGAAUGUAAGUAGGAAGAGAAAUGUAAAAAACUGAAUUAGUGACAAUCGAAAGCAAUAAACAUUAGGCAACAUUGUUUGUGUAAUCUGUUUGUACAUAUGUUUGUAUUAGUACCAACUAACUAGUUAUAAAAGUGAAAAAGAGAGACUAAUAACAAUUAACAAAAUUUACGCUAACUAAAUAUUACGAACAUACAUAUAAAUGAGAACACUAGGCAAUUAUACCAAGUAUUCAUAUAACAAUUACAAAAACAAAAACAAAAACAAACAAAAAUUACCACAAUGAAAUAUUCAAACAUGUACCAAAUAGAAAUCAAAAACCAUAAGUAGAUUAAUUCUAGUGAAAAUUCAAAGUAAUAAAACCGCGAGCGAUAGAAAAUCAAAUCUCAAGCAAUCCAAGUACGUAACUCACAUAAAUGUUGAAUGUGCACGAGAAGCGAACCGUCGAAACAAGCUCAAAUGUGGACUGUAAAAUAAUCAGAUUCAAAUAUUCAAAAUUAGGCAACAGAAAAAUGUACUUACAUAAGCGCCACUGACUGCUCCGUUGGUGGUGAUUCGAAAGCAAAGCCACGCAACAAAAUACGUAAAGUAGAAGCUCUUCCAAGAAACUCGGAAUUCUGCUAGAUCCAAAAUAUUGAAAUUAAAUUUUCGAAAUCGCAACAAAUCAAAUAAGCAAUAACGGUUGUUCCACAACAACACAAAACAGAGCGUAAGCAUUAAAUUAGCAAUGACAAUGCAAUAAUAAAUAAAUCAUUAGAAUACAAGAAAGACAAAUUAGACACCAAAGUAAAUACAAGUAGUAAAUGUGACUUCCAAAUGAGUUUCGAAAACGUUCCUUCUGCUAUUGCUCUGCUGUCUUUUCUGCAAGUUAUGUCGACACUUUGAAGUCUUCCCUACCGAAAAUGACGUAAAAACUCGCUCUUGAUUUAGUUUAUCUUUUUCACAAAAAUUUUUUGCUUGGCAUCUUCUUCCGACAAAUGUUUUUAGAGCUAUUUUUGAUAUGAAUUCCGCUUGUUAAAAAAACCAUUCCACAAGCUCUCAUUAUAUUUGAAAACGCUUCCACACAAGAUACAUUUAUAAGGCGAUUUCAAUAUACCCUUUGCUAUUUCAUCUCAAAUUGCUAAAAAAUUUCAAUGCCCAGAACCCUUCGAACCCUUCUAUCAUUGUCGAAUAUUUGGAUCGAUGAACUGGUCUUUUUGGCCUAUGUCGAAGUGAAAAUCAACAAACAUACUGCGGAGAACUUUCACAUUUUAACGCUCUAUUUAACAACUUAGGAAAACUAUGUAUACAUUUUUGAAAAACAAUAACAUAACGCGGCUUUAUAUUAUAUUUUCCUUCCUUUCAUUAGGUCCAUCUUAAUAAAGUGCAAUAAAUGUGUCGAGUUUGGAAAUAAGAAAAAUAUGUUCAUUCAAUCACUCAGAUUUUUUCGUAGAAAGUGUUAAGUGUUUCAAACACAUUGCAAAAUAAAAAUAGAUUUAAACAUCCCAGGCAUUAGCAAGAAGUUUGCGUUGCAAUUCCUGGAAUUAAGUUGACUGGGUGGCCAUCAAAGCACGGCUUGCAAAUCGCUUUAUAAGUCAGCAACUUGAUUCCAGCAAAUGCGAUGCCAAGCGAACGACAAAAAUGUGAAUGUGUGUGUGCGAAAAGAUUAUAAAUUUUGUGGCAAGUGACUCGAAAGCUUAAUGAAGUGAAAGUUUUGAAAUAAAAAAAUCCGUUUUGAAAAAACGUUUGGACACAAGUUUCGGCAGUGACAUGUUUUACCGGUUCCAGGAAAACCAUUCGGAAAUAGAAUAUCACUAUGAAUUCUAGUUCUAAAUUGUCAUAUCAGUUUUAUAAUUUAUGUGACGACAGAUCGAAAAAUAAAUAAGAAAUGACCACAUAAAUAGAGCAAGAGACCCUCGGAAAAAAAUUUUAGGAUAAUUUAAAAAUAAUAUAUUAAAAUUUGACAUCCACAAAAUCAAGUUGUGCUCGCUUUAUUUAUUUUUUUUUUUUUAAUAAUUUCAAAAGUAUCAUGUAACUCGGCACGGCCAUCAAUUACUCAAUGAUUCAUUUACGAAAACCGCCGAGUGUGAGUAGUUUGGCCAAUGGAUUACUCGUAUUUUCAUGUAAACAUUUGACAGUUAAUUAUUCGAGUGUUUUUUAGAAAGCUCUAAACCACACUGUGAGUGUGUGUGUUUGCUCACAAUGACAAUGAUUUAUGCAAAUAUUUACACCGGAAAAAAUAGUAGUGAAGUUGGUAUGAGCGCUAAUCAAACAGCUUUCCGCAAAGCGAAGCCAAACAAUUAAAGCGGCACCAUUUCACUAUUGAGCAUAACUUUAUUUAUCAAAUAGUAUUUAUUGUGGAAAUGUUGUGUGAUUACAGACAAACACUUUUCAUCGCGUGAUGCUAGUCGCACUUUAACUAACCAAAUAACCGGUAUAAGCGGUUAAGCAAGAAUAAAUAGGAGAACAAAGCGCAUUCAAUCAAAUUGUUUGAGUUGUACCUUAGGUACGAAGCUAUGCUUCUGUGUAUGUAUAAGUAUGUAUAUAUGUAUACGUAUGUAGAUAUUUUUGUAAUGUACUUUUUAUAACUAAACUUAACUAAUCUGAGGAGCAAAGCAUCCACUAAAAUGACACAAACAUUUGAAAAGUGGAAAAAGUCUAAGAAGUCGGAAAACUUCCCCUGCUCGUUGUACAAAUAUGCGUUCAUUAAUAUUUACUGAGAUAAGUGCAGAUAUUUUUAAGUGUUACAGACAUUUUGUUUAUAUACGUACAUAUGUUAACAUUAAAUUAUUUAUUGCUAUUCUAAUAUAUACACAUACACAUGCAUAUUUAUUUUGUUAGCUGUAAAUUUCUACAAAUAAGUGAGACAAAUUACUAGCAGUGGAGUACUAUUUAACUAUUAAACUAUAAAAUUAACAUAUACAACAUUGAAUUAGUGAAUAUAUGUGUAAAACAUCAAGAGAAUACAAUAAUUAAUAAUGCAAAACAAAAGGAAAUUAAUUAAUAAAAUAAGGUAUAAAAGAUA